CAAGCGACGACUUGGUCGGAGAGAAAAGACUUUUCUUUUUUGUCGAUUUAUUACCCUCUGAUUGAACACAAAAUUAGGGUUUCAUUUCCCCCCUUUUCGAUUCGCUUCAUGAUGAUUCUUCCCUCAAGCUCUUGAUUCUUCUUCGUGAAUUUUCCAGAUUUUUUUUAGAAUAACUCUUCAAAAAAAAAAAUUCGAUUUAAAAUGGGAAAAUUUUGCUGCUUCACUUCACCUUCUGAGGUUGUGGGAGGACAAUCAUCAUCAUCAUCAUCACGAUCUGGUAAAGGAAGAAAUGAAGAAGGUUUGAUCAAAUAUGGUUUCAGUCUAGUGAAAGGCAAAGCUAACCAUCCUAUGGAGGAUUAUCAUGUAGCUAACUUCAUCAACAUCCAAGACCAUGAGUUAGGUCUAUUCGCUAUCUACGAUGGUCACAUGGGUGAUACUGUUCCUGCUUACUUGCAAAAACAUCUCUUCUCCAAUAUCCUCAAGGAGGGAGAGUUUUGGGUUGAUCCUAGAAGGUCUAUAUUAAAAGCUUAUGAGAAAACAGACCAGGCUAUUUUAUCUAAUAGUUCUGACUUGGGACGUGGCGGGUCUACAGCUGUUACAGCGAUAUUGAUUAAUGGGAGGAAGUUGUGGGUAGCUAAUGUUGGUGAUUCAAGAGCGGUUCUGUCUCAAGGAGGUAGGGUAGUGCAGAUGAGUACAGAUCAUGAGCCUCGUGCUGAACGGUCUAGUAUUGAGGAUAGAGGUGGAUUUGUAUCUAAUCUACCAGGUGAUGUUCCUAGAGUGAAUGGUCAAUUAGCUGUGUCUCGUGCCUUUGGAGAUAAGGGGCUUAAGACGCAUUUGAGUUCAGAGCCUGAUAUUAGAGAUGUUACUGUUGAUAGCCAGACGGAUGUUCUUGUCCUGGCUAGUGAUGGCAUUUGGAAGGUGAUGACAAAUGAGGAGGCGAUGGAGAUAGCUAAAAGGGUGAAAGAUCCACAGAAGGCGGCUAAGGAGUUAACAGCUGAAGCGUUGAGAAGAGAGAGUAAAGAUGACAUAUCUUGUGUCGUGGUCCGGUUCAGAUGA